AUGUCCAGACACCCAUCCAGCAACCCCAGCCCCCAGCGCUACAGCUACUCCACCCCCUCAACCAGCCCCAUCCUACCCUUCCUCUCCCCCAGCGCCCGCCGCCGCUCCGUCAUCACCGAGACCCAAGAAGCCAACAUCGACGACCAGACCAACAAGCUCCUCGGCAAAUGCGUCGACUGGCGCAAACACUACCACGUCUACAAGAGCCCGAAGAAGUUCGGCAAGUCCCGGCUCGAGAAGCUAGAAGAGGAGCGGGAGGGCUUGAUUACGCAGGCGAACGGGUAUGCUGCUAUGCUCUCGAGGCGGAGGGGCCAUGAGGUUGCGACGGAGUUGGUGAGGCAGAUUAAGGCGAAUUUGAUCUUGCCGGGGUAUGUGCUGAGUAAGGAGGCGGCAUGCUUGGUAAGAUUCUGGGAGACGGUGACGGGCGAUAUCAAAGAGCAAGUGCAGCAGCUGAAAGUGAUCCGGUACGAACUUGCGCUGGUGAUGAUCAUGGAGAAGUACAUCAACGUCGACGACGUGAACAUGCUGAAUUGCCACCAGCCGAUCUACCACCGAGGUGAUAUGCUCCGCUUCAGCACGCUUGCUUCAGAGCACAGGCGACGCGUGCAGGAUCGUUUUGGGUAUAGGAUCGAAUUUCUUGCUGAGCAGGACGCGAAGGAGUUUAUCGAUCGCCUGGACCAGAGAUUCCGGGAUGGAGGAAAUAUGAAAGCGCUGAACGCCUAUGAGGAAAGUGGACUGCUGGUGGCUUUUCGCUUGCACAUGCGGCGUGGGUUGACGGUGCAGGAGCAACUCGCCAACGACGGGCGAAUCCAACCAGCGUCGAUGCUGCUGAUGACCAAGGCCGCCAUCGUGUUGCAUGCUGGUGCGACGCUUGGACUGCAUGAGCCCGUGGAGACUGCCAGGGCGGUGAUCGAUGAUUUUGUUCGGAAGCAGAACUUCCUCUCCCUAACCGAGAUCAUGCAGGCUGGGCAGCAGCAGCUUGAGCAUGUGAUGAGCGAGUAUCCGGAUCGGAGUAUUUGGCCGGAUCUGUGA